AUGGAUUGGACAGGCCUCUUAGAGUCAUUACGAUACCCUCCUUCACUCUACCUGCUUCAAACCUCGUCCUAUACGGAGAGCUUCUUCUGGAACCUGUUGGUCUGCGGGAAUCCUCCAGAGGAGACCAAGUGCAGGGACUUCACAGCCCACAUGGGCUACGAGGUGCUGCUGCAGAGGCUGCUGGACGGCAGGAAGAUGUGCAAGGACAUGGAGGACCUGCUGCGGCAGAGGGCCCAAGCGGAGGAGCGGUACGGGAAGGAGCUGGUGCAGAUCGCCCGCAAGGCUGGUGGCCAGACGGAGAUCAACUCCCUGAGGGCCUCCUUCGACUCCCUGAAACAGCAAAUUGAGAAUGUUGGCAGCUCCCAUAUCCAGUUGGCCGUGGCCCUGCGGGAGGAGCUGCGGAGCCUGGAGGAGUUCCGUGAGAGGCAGAAGGAGCAGAGGAAGAAGUACGAGGCCAUCAUGGACCGUGUCCAGAAGAGCAAGCUGUCCCUGUACAAGAAGACAAUGGACUCUAAGAAGACGUAUGAACAGAAGUGCCGGGAUGCGGAUGACGCCGAACAGGCCUUUGAGCGCAUCAGUGCCAAUGGCAACCAGAAGCAGGUGGAGAAGAGCCAAAACAAAGCCAAGCAGUGCAAGGACUCAGCCACGGAGGCAGAUCGCGUGUACAGGCAGAACGUGGAGCAGUUGGAGAAGGUGCGGGCCGAGUGGGAGCAGGAGCACCGAACCACCUGCGAGGCCUUCCAGCUGCAGGAGUUUGACCGGCUGACCAUCCUGCGUAACUCUCUGUGGGUGCACUGCAACCAGCUCUCCAUGCAGUGCGUCAAGGACGAUGAGCUCUACGAGGAGGUGCGGCUGGUGCUGGAGGGCUGCAGUGUGGACGCUGACAUCAAUGGCUUCAUCCAGGCCAAGAGCACAGGCACCGAACCCCCAGCCCCAGUGUCCUACAUGAGCUACUAUGAUCGAGAGGCCACCCCAUCCGGCAGCCCCGGAGCACCAUCGUCCUGCGGCAUGAUGAAGAGGUUCUCCGGGCUGCUGCAUGGAAAUUCCAAGACAUCGAAUGCAGCUCUUGCUGCCUCGACAGAGACGCUGAGCCACACUCCUGGGCAGAAUGAGGAUGUCUAUGCUUCCAUUGCCAUGACGAACACGACAGGCUCCCCCACCAACGACUACAGGGCACUCUAUGACUAUAAAGCACAGAAUCCCGAUGAGCUGGACAUCUCCACAGGGGACAUCAUGGAGGUCAUCGUGGCAGGGGAGGAUGGCUGGUGGACAGUGGAGCGGAAUGGGCAGCGUGGCUUCGUCCCUGGUUCCUACCUGGAAAAGCUCUGA